AUGGCAAACUCAACACGGUAUUACCACUAUGACCCUUCUCUUCCUGCCGCUGCAAUUUUCGCACUUUUAUUCUUGGCGACUACUGUUUUCCACAUAUACCAAACUACCGCAACCAAGACAUGGUUCUUUGUACCGUUCUGCAUCGGUGGAGUUUUCGAAACGGUUGGAUUCGCUGCUCGUGCCGUCAACGCCCAUCAAACUCCAAACUGGACUUUGGUCAUUUUUGUGAUUCAGUCAAUGGGGAUCCUUCUCGCCCCCGCUCUGCUGGCCGCUUCGAUAUACAUGGAAUUUGGUCUUCUGGUCGACCUUACAGAAGGCGAGAAGUAUUCUAUUGUCAGAAGAAGCUUGAUAACGAAGAUAUUCGUGACCGGCGAUGUUUUAUCCUUUUUGUUCCAGGCGAUAGGAGGGUCGAUCCUCGCCAAGCAGAACCCAAGCAGCGCCAAUCUUGGUAAGGCAAUUAUUGAGGUUGGUCUGUUUUUCCAGAUUAUUUUCUUCGGGCUUUUUCUCGUGAACGCCAUCAAUUUCUCUAUCAAGCUUCGCAAACAGCUUACAGCAAACCGGAGAUCAAUGCCGUGGCAAAAACACAUGAUGACCCUUUUCACGGUCGGAAUAUUGAUUUUUGUCCGUUGCAUAUACCGUGUGAUUGAGUAUAUGCAGGGACCACAGGGAAACUUGAUGAUACACGAGAUUUAUAUCUACAUUCUGGAUGCUGGCUUGAUACUAAUAGCAAUGGUGAUUUUCCACCUUUAUCAUCCUAGCGAGAUAAGUUCACUUCUGAGGGGUGGCAAGGUUGCAGUUUUGUUUCGUGUUGAAAACAUCGUGCACAAGUACUCUGGCCUUCAGCUAAAUACAGCUAGCUCUGAUGUUAAUCUCAACCGGGAUGUUUAA